UAAAUAAAAACCAAAUUUACUGUAAAAUCAUAUUGCAAACUCCUUAAAAUUAGCAUUCGUAAUUUACUGUUGCCUGCAUUCAUAUUAAAACAAAUGCUGCAUAAACAAGGUGCUUUACCUUUGGGUGGGCCAGAAUCAAAGGAUGUCGCGUGCACAUUCGAGCGCGCGACUCUCACGCCUCGCGCAUUUAAAGCCUGCACAGUUUCCAGAAGCAGUGAACUUGACAGCUCUGCUCUCCUCUGAUGUGCCUCAUGGAUCACAGGGAUUCCUGGACACUACAUGAUGACAGGGGUCAUCAGGGGCCAGCUGUGCGCUUUAAAAGCGCUGUCCGAAGCCUGGACACCCCGAGCACUCGGACCACAGGCGCGCAGAGAAAGAGUCGCAGCUGAAAACCUCAUUGAUUCGCAAUGCCACUCUUACUGUUCGCCACUUUGGUGGUUUCUCUGAUACAUGUUGACUGCGUUCAGAUCGAUAGUCAAGGCGCGCUCGUGAGAGGACAUCACAAGGCUUUCGCAGGUUCAUACUCUGACUACAGUCUCCAGAUGCACCCGAGGUACCCGCUGUACAUGAUGCAGUUAUACAGAGACUUCAGCGGGAACACACACACUUCUCCAGCCAGUGUCCACAACAGCACUGUCCAGCAGGCGGACUUCGUCCUCAGCCUGAUUGCUCAAGACUGUCGUCAAACAGGCGAGCGAUGGAGCGUCACUUUUGACAUGUCUUCCCUCUCAGUGAGUGACAACAUUCAUCUUUCAGAGCUCCGCAUCCGUCUCCCAGCGUUUUCUGCAUCCAGACGCGUCAUGGUGGACGUCUUCCACUUGCGUAAACGGGAUUGUGAGUCAGACUCAGUGUUUUGUCGCCUUAAGAGACUUUUUCUAGGAAGCAUCAAGUCAGUGCCCGGCACUCCAGCAUCAACCUGGAGGGUUUUCAACGUCACAGAGCUGCUCCAACACUGGUUGAGUCAGGGAACGGAGACUCCCGAGAACAUCCCAACACCAGAGGAUGGAAGCGGCGAAGACUUAACAGAGUUGGUUACAAAGAGUGAGGACACUGGAAGCGGGGAAGGCUUAAUUGAACCGGUUACAAAGAGUUGGCGACGAAAAAUUCAGCAUCCCACAGCAGAACGAGUUAUGAUUGUAGUCUUCUACAAAAACAAGUUUUCCCACAGUGGCCAACGGGCCUCCAGCUUGAUGAAUACAGUUGCUCACUCCAAACAUGUCCUCCUGAGCCGAGCUCAAGGUCGUCGACACAAGAGGAACCGGGUCGAGAGGAUGCGCAUUCAGACGGACGAGAGAAACACGACGGGAGUCGAGCAGCAUCAAGGAGAACUUUGCCGGCGAGUUGAUAUGUGGGUGGAUUUUGAUCAAAUUGGAUGGGAUGAGUGGAUCGUGCACCCGAAGCGUUACAAUGCUUACCGGUGCGAAGGCCAAUGUCCAAGUCCACUGGAUGAGUCGUACAACCCAACAAACCACGCAUAUAUGCAGAGCUUGUUGAAGCUUUUCCACCCGGAGCGUGUGAGCUGCCCGUCCUGUGUGCCCACACGCCUCAGCUCGCUCUCCAUGCUGUAUUACGAAGGAGACGGAGUGGUCAUGCGGCAUCACGAGGACAUGAUCGUGGAGGAGUGCGGCUGCCACUGAACACUGAACAUGUCAAAUGUUCACUAUAUAUACGCUCUAUAGCACCUAAAAGGGGUUCACAUCAUCGGAUCAUUACAUGGAAUUAUUUUCAAUUAAUUCAUUUUCAAGUUUUAAUACAUUUUUUAUUAAGUAAAUAGCUCGUAAACAUACUUUAUGACUACAAAAUGUAAAUAACCUUUUAAGUAUGGAAAAGGUCGACAUUUCUCCUUAUAUAGAACAUUUUUGGAGAAAGCGUUCUCUCAGAUUCGAGUCCGGAACCCUAGAGUUCUAUAUAGAACCCCAAUGAAACCCUUUUCCUAAGAGUGAACAAAAACAUUCCAUAUUCUGUUCUUUUUUCAUUUCAAAUGAAAACCGCUGAAAUGCUGUCAAAAGUUCAGAAAUAUUUAAUAUUUAAAAGAAACACUUGUAAAUAUUUUGAAUUUUUUAAACGAGUGUAUAUUUUUUACUUCAUGUACAUAUGGUUUUGUUACGUUUAAGUAAAAUGUGAUGUGAAAAGUGUUUUUUUUACCAUCUUAU